GAUAAAACUGAAUAUUACAGAGUUGAAAUUACCAUUCGAUUUCAGCUGUUGUGUUCUGACUCUCUCUCUCUCUAAAAUUCUCUGCGGUCUUCUCUGAGCUCUUUCGGGAAGAGAAUCAAUGGCGAAUAGUAAUCUUCCUCGAAGAAUUAUCAAGGAGACGCAGAGGCUUCUCAGUGAACCAGCUCCUGGAAUUAGUGCUUCUCCAUCUGAAGAAAAUAUGCGGUAUUUUAAUGUGAUGGUUCUCGGUCCAUCUCAGUCUCCUUAUGAAGGUGGGGUUUUCAAGUUGGAGUUGUUCUUACCUGAAGAAUAUCCAAUGACACCUCCCAAGGUUCGCUUCCUCACGAAAAUAUAUCAUCCUAACAUUGACAAGCUUGGACGGAUUUGCCUUGACAUUUUGAAAGAUAAGUGGAGUCCAGCCCUACAAAUUCGAACAGUAUUGCUCAGUAUUCAAGCCCUGUUGAGUGCUCCAAACCCUGAUGAUCCUCUUUCUGAGAACAUUGCAAAGCACUGGAAGACUAAUGAAACUGAAGCUGUUGAGACAGCAAAAGAAUGGACCCGAUUGUAUGCAAGUGGGGAAUGAUGAUGAGAGGCUUCCCGAAAAACUUAUGAUAGUUGUUGAUGUUAAGUGUCUGUCUUUGGUCUUAAAACAUGCUUUUUAGACUCGAAUAGAGACAUAUUUUCUGACAGGUCGAGAUUCCUUGUGAUUUUUCUCAAAUGGGUAGUCUGAGAUAUUAUUGUAUUUUAUGAUAUCAUGAUAAUGUAGGAGUGUUGGUUAUCAA